AUGGCGUACUCGGAAUUCGAGCUAAUUGAAUGCCGCGAGAUAAUAAAGGACCAGAAAAGUCAGCUGACCUGCUUGCAACGAUUAGUCGAUGCGGCGGUGAAGGAGAAGCAAAUGAUUCCUCCAACGCUGGUAAUUGACGCUGCAAGUCUGCCGCAAGCUUCCAGGCCGAUCCCGAUCGCCAACGAAGCGGCGCCUGUCGGCCCGACGCUGCCGCAGGAGCUGGAGGAAAGGUUGAGUCAUUUAUCGAGCAUGGUCAGUCGCGUGUCGUCUCGAUUGCAGGAGGGGGCGGAUACGAGCAACGUUGUGAAUCAUUUAGUGAGCGUAUUCAAGGACCUGCGGACGAAGCUGGACGAAAAAAUGGUCUCUACGUCGCGCGGGUCGGCGGAGCCCGGUGGUGACUUUGUCUCACUCGACGCCAACCACGUCAAGUUAAUGGUGGCCAGCGACACUAUACCUGCGGGCGGUCUAAGUCUUUUGCAGUUCACAAAGUCCUACUUGGAUUCAACGCGAGGCCGCGUGGAGAGCACUAUGCAUCCUCGCGUCUUGACAGUGGGCAGCAAAUACUUUACCAUCCGCGAGGACGGUGACAACCGGCUGGUGCUUUACAAGUUCCACCAAUGGGACUGUGCGGCGGUCUGGGACGAGAUGGAGGGUCAGAUUGUGCUGCGCUGCAAGGCCGGCGGAGACGCGUCGUCGGCCGAGUGCCACGUCCUGAACUUCGGGUCCGCCGACCAGUUCCAGCGGGGGUUCUACGCGCUCCAGUAUGCAGGCGUGAUACCGGCGAACCAGACCCCGGGCGAGUACCGUGACGUCGCCAGCAACGACUACGCCUUCUCGGUCGUGCUCAUGGCCCCGCAACUCUGCCCUCAGCUGGAGGGCUCGCGGUUUGCGACCGCCGACUGCACUUUGGAAAGUCUGCGUGGCCAACUCGUCAUCAAAAUAUACAACGGACAAACCGUCUGCCACGUGGACCCCUCUGAGUGCAUCUUGCAGUGCGACAGCCGGAGUCAGUGCUACAAACUUUGGGUUCCGGAACCAUGCGCUCGCGAAAUAUGCGGAGGCGCACCGGACGACGGAGACAGCAACGAGCUCAUCCCGCUCACCUGCGUAUUCGUCAAGCCAUCUCAAGGAUAUCCUCAGUAA